CAGUUUUUGAGCUUAACAGAAAAUGAAAAACAUCCUAAAAACACAAGUUCAUGUGGUGGUAAUAUAUCUACUCAUCAAAAUAGCUUUCUCACAAGUGAAAACCGAUUUUGAUGUUAAUUGGUCUACUUCAAAAAUGGUGAGGAUCACAAACCGCCUUGGUGAUGGUUUGACCUUAAACCUUCAUUGUAAGUCCGCAGAUGACGAUCUUGGCCUCAAAAUCCUCGCUCCGAAUGGUUCUUGGUCGUUUAAGUUUAGAACAAGUAUUGUUGGAACGACACUUUUCUAUUGUCAUUUCACAUGGCCUGGACAAUCAAAAAGGUUUGACAUUUACGAUGAUGACAGAGAUGGUGUUCGUAGUCAUAUUUCAUGCAUCAAUUGUAUCUGGGAUAUAAGCAUACAAGGGCCAUGCAUGUUUAGUGAAAGUGAUCAUGCAUUUAAUAUAUGUUAUGAUUGGAAUGGGAAUCUAAGGACAUAAAUUUGUUGUGUUGCCAAGAAUAAAAUUUUAGACUGCUUUUAUAUGGCUUUUAAUGUUUUAUAUAUUAUCACAAAGAGAGAAACAUUGUAUGGUAUAAUGGUAAUGUGCAACAUUAGAGGAAACUAAAUUGACCAACGACCUGUAAG